AUGCAAUCGGACGUCGCCUCCGCCACGGAUAGCGCAAAUGGUGUUUCGCCACGUUCCGUACAUUGGCUGGAUUCCGGAACGUACUUGCUCGUUUCCUACAUGUCUCAUGGCGUUGUGUGCUGGAAUGUUAGAAGUUUGAAAAUAGAAUGGCGACUGCCACUGAAAAGAGCCCGGAUUGGCAGGUCGUCGCUAUCCCAGAAUAAGAAAGUGCUCGUCGUGUCAAAUCUUCACGACGGUUUCGACAUGUACAGACUCAGCGGUCAACUUCACCUUUGCACUUUCAAAACCAAGGCACUGAUGAACAUUCCCCUCCCUGUGUUAUUCAUCCAUGACGGCAGAGCUGUAUUGACAGGGAGUGACACAGGGUGUGUCUCUAUUUACGACUGUGCCACUACGCUGGUGAUGCAGGCUCUAGCACAUGGUGGGUGCUCAUACGCUCAGCACAAUGGCGCGGUCAGGCUUCUCGCAACUGCCUCGUCCGAGACUGGCGACCAAACAUACAUUAAGCUGUGGUUAGCACAGAAACCAGGU